AUGCCUGAUUCGUCAGCCAGUGAUGCUCGUGUGAAUUCCACAUUUUACAAGCGCAAGGUAGCAGCGCUCACAAGGCAACUCGAUGAUAUUCGCACAACCCUGGCCCCGGAAAGGCUACUUGAGCUAGAUUCAGCAGCACUCGCUGUGUGGCUUGAACAGGUUGAACGUAUAGAAAGAAAUUUUGACGGCGUCCAAACGAAGCUUGAGGAGCUUGACCACAUGGAAUUGGAGAGUAGCGCCCGUUCGGAUUUUUUUCGUGCAUAUGCAGACAUCAAAACUUCCAUAGUUAAGGAGCAAAAUGAACGGCAAGUAAACGAAAAACGUCAAUCGUUUACAGCGCGGCAGUUUUCGCUCGACGAGCCAUCGUCCUUCAUCAUAACUCAGCCAAAAUCGCGCCUACCCAUACUUCAAAUCCCUAAAUUUAGUGGGUCAUAUAUCGACUGGCCUGACUUCUAUUCAAUGUUUUGCACCGUGGUGGACAAGGACUCCGACCUUACAAACAUUGAGAAAUUCCAGCAUCUGCGUUCCAGCUUGACAGCUUCGGCCUUAGACACUAUUCGUUCACUUGAAAUAAAAGACGAAAAUUACAAAACAGCUUUGGAAUUAUUAGUUUAUCGUUUUGAUAACAAACGCUUGAAUUUUCAGGCCCAUAUCAAAUAA